AUGACUGAUAGACAACUAUACAACACUAAGAACCUCCUCGAGCACCCAGAAUUCAGAAUACUCAAAGAAAAGCCUGCCAAAGGCACUGGAAGAAAUAUAGCGCUCACAUAUGACGUUGAUCAUGUUAACAAGUUCGUCGAGAAGCCUCGAUUUGAUCCUGCACCAGGCCAAGUAGAAGUUAAUGUUCGAGCGACUGGAAUAUGUGGAUCUGAUGUGCACUUUUCGCAGCAUGGCCACAUCGGCGAUAUGGUUGUGCGUUGCAUUUGUGGUGCGGGACACGAGUCAAGUGGUGAGGUCACCAGAGUCGGGCAAGGUGUUACAGAAUGGAAGGCGGGCGAUAGAGUAGCAAUCGAAGCGGGCAUCCCCUGUGGUAAUUGUGAAUUCUGUAAACUUGGAAGAUACAACGCGUGCCAGAACGACAUCUUUUUCAGCACACCGCCACACUUCGGUACAAUGAGCCGCUAUCACUUGCAUCCAGCUGCGUGGCUACACAGGCUACCAGACUCGGUUUCGUUCGAAGAGGGUGCGCUCUGCGAACCGCUAACGGUCGCUAUGGCCGGUAUCUACCGCAGUGGAUUGCGGUUAGGUGAUGGCGUAGUCAUCUGUGGAGCUGGACCUAUUGGUCUGGUUACCCUCUUAGCAGCAAAAGCUGCCGGAUCCAUUCCAAUAAUCACCGAUCUAUCCCAAUCACGUCUCGACUUCGCUAAGAAACUCGUCCCAUCCGUCAAGACAGUCCUCAUUGAGAGAGGUCAGACACCAAAAGACAUUGCGCAGAAAAUCAAAGAGGAAGCUGGUAUGCCUCUCACCCUGGCAUUGGAGUGUACGGGUGUUGAGAGCAGCGUUCACGCCGCUAUCUUUUCCAUGACGUUUGGUGGAAAGGUGUUCAUCAUCGGUGUGGGCAAAGACAUACAGUCGAUUCCAUUCAUGCAUCUCUCCGCUAAUGAAAUCGACAUCCAAUUUCAAUAUCGUUACGCUAAUCAAUAUCCACGUGCUAUUCGCUGCGUCGCUGAAGGCAUGAUCGACCUCAAGCCACUUGUGACGCACAGAUUCGACCUCGAGGAUGCCAUGGAUGCCUUCGAUACCGCCGCUGAUCCUAAAAGUGGCGCUAUCAAGGUUCAGGUCCUGGACUAA